ACCCCCAAUUUAGUGGGCGUGGCCACGCAAAUUUCGUUUGCCCCGCGCAGCUUUGGUUCGCUUUGUGUGACAAUGACAACCGCGGCUAGACCGACGUUUGAGCCGGCGAGAGGCGGGCGAGGCAAGGGAGAGGGAGACCUCUCUGCUCUCUCUAAGCAGUACUCCAGUCGAGACCUUCCCUCGCACACCAAACUCAAAUACAGACAGACGGGGCAAGACUCUUUGGAAGAGGUGAAGACCAGAGAUCUGCGCAGGGAGUUGGAGGAAAAGGAGAGAGAUGUUCGUGUAAAGAGAGGCCGUGAAAAACCUAGGAGCUUUACUGAGCUCCCACCAGCAGUAAAUGUGACAACACCCAAGAAACCUCGUCUGGAUCAGCCGCCAACUCAGUCAGCCAGCGUUGAUGCUGAUGAUCCUGAGAAUGAGGACGAGGACGAUGAAGAAGAUGAUAGUGAUGAGGACGACACUGCAGAACUGCUGAAAGAACUGCAGAAGAUAAAACGGGAGCGAGCAGAGGAGGCAGCAAGGAGGGAGAGGGAGAGGAAGGAGGAGGAGGAGAGGAUAAGAACUGAGAACCUCAUGAGGGGAAACCCCCUCCUCAACCAGGAGAGGGGGACCUUCAAAGUGAAAAGAAGAUGGGAUGAUGAUGUCGUGUUCAAGAACUGUGCUAAAGCUGAGCCUAAAAAGGAUAGAGGUUUCAUCAAUGACACGAUUCGAUCUGAAUUCCAUCGUAAAUUCAUGGACAAAUACGUCAAGUAGUUUUGUGAAUGACAUCAUCAUCAGUGCACUAUUCUUGCCUUUAUCAGCUAUC